AUGGUGUCACUGGGAUGUCCCAUUACAAAAGAUCAGUUACUUGACAGUGUUGCUAUGCUUCUGAAAUCUAAAAAAAAGGAAAAUCCUUUCACUGAUAAUAGACCUGGACGUCAUUGGUUUGAAGGAUUUAAAAAGAGACAUCCAAACUUAAAACAGAGAUGGAGUGAAAAUGUUUCACUUGCCAGAGCCACAGUAACUGAAGAUUCAUUGAAAAAUUGGCAUGAAAAUAUUGCCAAGUAUUUGGACAACUUAGGAUUGCAGAAUAUAGUAGAUGGUUCUAGAGUGUUCAACACUGAUGAAACAUCUGUAAUGUUGAACCCAAAAGGUGGUAAGGUUUUAGCAGCCAAAGGUAGCAAAAAUGUAUACAAGGUAGUAAAUUACAAUGAAAAAGAAAAUCUUACUGUGCUAGUCACUGCCAGUGCUGCUGGAAUAAUUGCUCCUACACUUAUUCUUUUUAAGUAUCAGAGAGUACCUAGUCAUGUAUAUGAAAGUCUUCCAAAAGACUUUGUUGUUGCAAAUUCAGAAUCAGGUUGGAUGUCUUCGCAGAUUUUUUAUGAGUAUGUGGCAAACAAGUUUUAUCCUUUUCUUGUAGAGUCACAAAUUGCUUUACCAGUUUUGUUGUUUGUUGAUGGCCAUGCUUCUCACAUAACUCAUACACUCAGUACUUUCUGUAAUGAGCAUGGAAUUAUUCUCAUAGCACUUUUACCAAACACAACUCACAUUACUCAACCAAUGGAUGUUGGUUUCUUUUCUCCAUUUAGAAGUUAUUGGAAAAAAGCUGUAAAUAACUAUAGAAUUGAAAAAAAUGCACUGAGUGUACCCAAGCAUGAUGUAGCUAUGCUGCUUAGCCAAGUAUUUUCAAAAAUGAAUUUAAAAUCAAUUUUAAGUAAUGCCUUCAAGGUUUGUGGCUUGCAUCCCUUUUGCAUGCAAAAUAUUGAUGUAUCAAAAAUAUAUAUUAGAUCAGAAAACCAGCAGACUCAUGCAUGUGAAGAUCAGACUGAUGAACAAGAANAAAAAUAA